AUGCAUGGACGCAUUAAGAGCGUGGAGCGCGAGAAGGAGCAGCACAAGACGGAUGCCCAGCACCAGGAGGAGCUCUCCAAGGUGCGCAUGUACCACGAGGUGGCGGGUAAAGUCCUAGACAUGAAGCGCCAACAGCUCUACGAGCCGAGCGUCCUGCCACUGACCAGCCACCUAUUGCUACUCAACCCCGAGUUCCACGUGGUCUCGAGCUACCGCCGCCAAGCCAUUGACACGCUAGCUCAAAAAGCCGAGAACCCCGAGGCCGAAAUGUUGACUAUGGCCAAAACGGAGCUCAGACUAACGCUGACGAACGCAAUUUCUACAGUUGUAACUACCGUCGCCAUGUGUCAACACGAGCGGCUGGCCUUCACCACGCAGAAAAUCGAGCAGAAUUUCUCUAACUACUCGGCUCUACACCACCAUAGCAUUACCCUGCCAGAACCGUUAUCUGCCGACGUGUUAUUUGAUGAGAUCGGACUGGUCCAGCAAGCGGUAUUCACGGAGCCAGACGACCAGAGUGCCUGGUUCUAUUACCGCUGGUUGCUGACGUCCAUGGUGGAGCUGGUCGAGUCGUCUGCCGAGGACGCAAGUGGGUUCCUGAAGAGCCAAGUGCAAUGGCUAAACGAGUUGUUGGAGGUGAUAUCGGAAGCCAAGUGGGUUGUCGUCAUGCUUGCCGAUCUGCAGUUUCAUCUUAGUGUAAUUACCAAGGUGAGUGGGUGGGAGGAAGCGAAGAAACCCAGUGUGGAACUCUAUGACCGCGCCAUCGCCCUGGAUCCGGACCACCGCCACUGCUAUGAGGACAUGAAGAAGAAACACGUCUGAACAAUAAUAGUAGUCUAGGGAAUACUGGCACGAGGUAUCUUGUUUUGAAAUACUACUACAGUACUACAAA